CCCUUUUCUGCCCUGCUCUGGGCGCGGGGCUCCUUCUCCCUCAGAGGCUCAGAGGAGGGGACGGCAGCACCAUGGCCCUCCGCGCGGCGCCCGUCCGCCAGACCUGCUGCUGCUUCAAUGUCCGGAUAGUCACCAUGGCCCUGGCCAUCUACCACGUGAUCAUGAGCGUCCUGCUGUUCGCGGAGCACGCGGUGGAGGUGGCCCACAGCACCGUCUCCUGCAGGCUCUCCAAGACCGUCUACCUCAGGAUCGCCAACCUGGUCUCCAGCUUCCUGCUCGUCGCCACGCUCUUCCUCAUCAGCCUGGGCCUGCUGCUCGGUGUGGUCAAGAGCCGGGAGAAGUACCUGCUGCCCUUCCUGUCCCUGCAAAUCAUGGACCUCCUCCUGUGCCUGCUCACCCUGCUGGGCUCCUACGUCGAGCUGCCCGCCUACCUCAGGUUCGCCUCGCGGAGCCGGCCGGGCUCCUCGCAGGUCCCCCUGAUGACCCUGCGACUGCUGGACUUCUGCCUGAGCGUCCUGACCCUCUGCAGCUCCUACGUGGAGGUGCCCACCUAUCUCAACUUCAAGUCCAUGAACCACAUGAAUUACCUCCCGAGCCAGGAGGGCGUGACUCACAGCCAGUUCGUCAAGAUGAUGGCCAUCUUCUCCAUCGCCUUCGUCACUGUCCUUGUCCUGAAGGUCUACCUGCUCAAGUGCGUGUGGAGAUGCUACAGGCUCCUGAAGCACCUGAACUCGGCCGAGGAGGGCACCUCCAAGACGCUCCCCAAGGUGGUCCUGCCGACCUACGAGGAGGCCCUGUCUCUGCCCUCCAAGUCUCCGGAGGGGGGCCCGGCACCGCCCCCCUACUCAGAGGUGUGAGCCUCGCCGGUGCCCCACCCGGAGGGGCCCGGCCACCUGUAACCUGCUGCUUUGCUUUGGUGGCCCUGGGUGGAUCCCUGCGACCUCAGGACGUCCCGUCCUGUGGCCUGGCGCUCUCGGUUGGCUCAGGCUGAAGGCCGCAGUCCAGCCGUACAGCCCCGCUUCUGUCCCCGGCAAGGACGGUCAUUGUAGACGGCGGCUUAUUCUGGAUUUAGUGAGUUUGGUUGGACAACCUCGAUCCCCCAGCGACACCCGCAGCUGUCGAGCGAAGCAAGUCCGUCGUCAAUAAAACCCAUUGGUCAA